AUGAAAUACUCCCAUGCUGAUGGAAUGGUUUUCUUUCUCGCUCCCAAUGGAUCACAGAUCCCUGAACGCUCAGAGGGACGCUUUCUAGGCCUCACAGAUUCAAAUUUAAACUCUACCAACUCUAGUACUGCAUUUGUUGCGGUAGAGUUUGACACUUUCUAUGACCAUUCAACAAAUACAUGGGAUCCGCUCUGUCACAUACAAUUCUACAGCAAUGAACUUGAGUUUUGUUUUCAAGAUGAUGAUGACAAUUAUACCAGCCUUUACUAUCAGCCAGUCAACCUGAGAGAGUACUUGCCAGAAUGGGUGGUCUUCGGUUUCUCAGCAACGACAGGGCAGUUGGUUGAGGCUCAUACAAUUUUCUCAUGGGAAUUCAACUCUAGUCUACAAAUCCUUGACGAUGUAAAUGGCACGACCAAUGUGACUCCCGUUGACACACCAACACGAGGGAAAAAGAGUAAGUCCUGGGUGAAGGGGGCUAUUUUAGGCUUAAGCUCUUUGGUGCUUAUUAUCCUUGUUGCAGGAUUUGGCUGGUAUGGUUAUAAGCUAAAGAGAAAUAGAAAUGAUCGAAGUGGAGAAGAAGAAGAAGAUGCUCCAGGAAUUGACGAAGGAUUUGAACAGUCAAGGGGACCCAAGGAGUACUCCUAUAAUGUCUUGGCCGUCGCCACUAACAACUUUGCGAAUACUCGGUUGCUUGGGGAAGGGGGUUUCGGAGGAGUCUAUGAAGGCCACCUCGCUGAUACAAAUUCCCACGUCGCCAUCAAGAAGAUCACUCCAGAGUCCAAACGAGGUGUCAAGGAGUAUGCCGCUGAAGUGAAGACAAUUAGACAUCUCAGGCACAAAAAUUUGGUGGAGCUCAUCGGCUGGAGUCAUGAGAGAAACAAGUUCCUCCUUGUGUACGAGUACAUGUCUAACGGUAGCUUAGACUCUCAUUUGUUCAAAGAUAAAAUGCCGCUGCCAUGGGAAAAGAGGUACAAUAUCGCUCAAGGCAUCACCUUAGGGCUGAAAUACUUGCGCGAGGAUUUGAAACAAUGUGUCGUGCACAGGGAUAUAAAGUCUAGCAAUAUCCUACUUGAUGCACAAUUUGAGGCUAAAUUAGGCGAUUUUGGCUUGGCUCGGAUAAUCGACCAUGCCAAAGGGUCACAAACAACCCUAUUGACUGGGACCAUGGGAUAUUUGGCUCCUGAAUGUAUCUAUACAGGUAAGGCAAGCAAGGAAUCCGAUGUCUAUAGUUUUGGAGUCGUCCUCUUAGAAAUAGCAUGUGGAAGAAGAGCUAUCAACCCGGGGGCAUCGCAAGGCCAAAUUCAACUUGUGGAAUGGGUUUGGGAGCUCUAUGGAAUCGGAAAGCUAUUCAAUGCGGUAGAUCUAAAGUUAGGAGAAAAUUUCAAUGGGAGACAGAUGGAGCACUUGAUGAUUGUAGGCCUCUGGUGUGCUCAUCCAGACCCAAAGGAACGGCCUCCCAUAAGCAAAGUGAUAACCUUUUUGAACUUCGAUGCUUCGCCACCCAUUCUCCCACCAAAUUUGCCCAUCCUGACAUAUAUCGUGCCUCCAUCUUCGAUGCUCGAACCAUUGCAUGUUUCGUCCAGCAGCUUCAGAAGAAGUGAACCACAGAGCACUCACAGUUACUAGCUCUUCCAAUAAGUCUUCCAAUUCAUCUUCUUUGCUUCAGAAUACAAUGUAAGUUCACUGUUUAUAUGGGUUACGGAUUGCAACUAUUCGGUUCUAUGAUUUGUAAUGUCUGCAAGUGGACCUUUGGUUUCUAGUUUCUAUUUUAUCCUUAUCAUGUGAGAUAUUGGAAGUAGUAUUUGUUGGAAGUUUGUUUGUAAAACAAACUAAGUGUAUAUUUCCUUGUCCCA